CCGCGUGCCAGCCUUCUUUGGUGAGGUUACCAACUGACAGCCGGUGGUUAGCCAAGCUAAGCUAAUUCAUCGUUAGCUGCUGUUGUCCAUACGACUCAGUCACUGCAGUUGUGUAGCACUACUUAGUCUAUAACAUCGAGACUGAUAGUGCUGGGUAUUUGCAAUCGAGCAGAGAUAGAGUGUCCAACGUAAUCCGACUUUAGCCAACGUCAGCUGAAGAGGGAGUCCUCCCCGAAUGACUAACUCGCAGUGUGUGGCUAGCUAGCGAGGAGGGUGGGGAUAAAAACUUCCAAGACCGCGCCCAGCUUUUGCUUCAUUCCAGCAGGCAGCUACGCUCUUGACGGUGUGUGAGACCCACACCACUACACCAGAUUAUAGUUUAGGGGAAACUGACACACUAGUGUCAACUAAGGGCAAACGCAAGUAACCAUGUUUAGAAAAACCUUAAAGAAAGACCCGGAGCUGUUUCAGAAUGUGUCUGACGGGCUGCGGCGACUCUACCGGACCAAACUGUUCCCGCUGGAGGACACGUAUCGAUUCCAUGACUUCCACUCCCCUGCACUCGAAGAUGCCGACUUCGACAACAAGCCUAUGGUCCUCCUGGUGGGCCAGUACUCCACCGGGAAAACCACAUUCAUCCGCCACUUGAUGGAGCAGGACUUCCCCGGUAUGCGGAUUGGCCCCGAGCCGACCACAGACUCUUUCAUAGCGGUGAUGCACGGUGAACAGGAGGGGGUGGUACCGGGUAACGCUCUGGUUGUCGACCCAAAGAAGCCCUUCCGCAAACUGAACGCCUUCGGUAACGCAUUUCUCAACAGGUUCAUGUGUGCCCAGAUGCCUAACCCUGUCUUGGAGAGCAUCAGUAUCAUCGAUACUCCAGGAAUCCUGUCAGAGAAGCAGAGGAUAAGCAGAGGUUAUGACUUUGCCGCUGUGCUGGAAUGGUUUGCUGAGCGUGUGGACCGGAUCAUCCUCCUGUUUGAUGCCCACAAGCUGGAUAUCUCAGAUGAGUUCUCCGAGGUGAUCCGUGCCCUCAAGAACCAUGAGGACAAAAUGCGUGUGGUGCUGAACAAGGCAGACCAAAUCAGUACUCAACAACUUAUGAGGGUGUACGGAGCCUUGAUGUGGUCUCUGGGAAAAAUUAUCAACACACCUGAGGUGGUGCGGGUGUAUAUUGGGUCAUUCUGGGCCCAGCCCCUGUUGGUGCCAGACAACAGGAAGCUGUUUGAGGCAGAGGAGCAGGACCUGUUCUUGGACAUCCAGUCUCUGCCACGAAAUGCAGCAUUACGCAAACUCAAUGACCUCAUCAAACGAGCACGUCUCGCCAAGGUGCAGGCCUAUAUCAUCAGCUCUCUGAAGAAGGAGAUGCCAAGUGUAUUUGGAAAGGACUCUAAGAAGAAAGAGCUGAUUUCCAACUUGGGUGAAAUCUACCAAAAGAUUGAGAAAGAGCAUCAGAUCUCACCUGGAGUUCCUAACAUCACCAAGAUGCAGGAGUUACUCAAUGGCCAGGAUUUCUCCAAGUUCGCUUCGCUGAAGCCUAAGCUCCUGGAGUCGGUGGAGGACAUGCUUGCCAAUGACAUCGCCCAUCUCAUGGCAUUGGUGCGCCAGGAGGAAGCUGCCAUGCCCAGCCAGACUGUGAAGGGAGGAGCAUUUGAGGGAACGAUGACCGGGCCCUUCGGUCAUGGCUACGGCGAAGGCGCCAGCGAGGGCAUUGACGAGCUGGAGUGGGUGGUGGGCCGCGACAAGCCUACAUAUGAUGAGAUCUUUUACACUCUCUCUCCCAUCAAUGGCAAAGUGUCAGGGGCUUCAGCCAAGAAGGAGAUGGUGAAGUCCAAGCUGCCAAACUCAGUGCUGGGAAAGAUCUGGAAGCUGGCAGAUGUGGAUCAUGAUGGCUACCUUGACGAUGAAGAGUUUGCCCUGGCCAACCACUUGAUCAAGGUAAAGCUGGAGGGCCAUGAGUUGCCGCAGACGCUGCCUGACCACCUGGUGCCUCCAUCUAAACGUGGGAUUGUGGUGGAGGACUAAGGUCCAGAGAGGAACAGAAUGGAACCACUUCAGCGCUUAGCUCCAUGUUUGUCCAGACAAAAAUCCAACAAAAGCAUGAACAGUGUCAUCGCCUCGUAAGCUGAGAGUUUCCAGGCUUUCUGAUGCGUCAUGAAGAGGUAUAGCUGUGAUCUUUUUCACCAGAGAGAGACUGGAGGGUUUUGGGUGGGGGUGGGGUGGGGGCAGGGCAGGGCAGUGUGGCCUUUGUGCAUUAGGGGAUAAAUAUUCAGGUAUCUAUUACAAAUAAAAAUUAUAAAAACUGAUGAAAAGACUUUAUUGGAUCAUGAUUAUUGGAUGAUUCACUUGGAUAUUGGAGGUCACAUGAUAGGUUUAAUAUGGAUUUGUGCGUCGUGUGUUCAAGAUGUCUUAUAAGUAAACGGUCCAUCUUAUAUUUUGAUCCAAAGAUUAUAGUUUCUUUUUUUCCAUUUGGAGAGAGAGAGAGAGAGGAAAUAAAUCAAAACAGCUGUUAGAAUUAUUUUAUCUAUAUUUUUGUAUUUCCUGACUGUUAACUCUUUCCAAAUGCCUACCUUUUUAUUAUUUUGCCAGAUAAAUAAAAAGGAAAUACUCAACCAUCA